AUGCCCACCAGAGAGACGAUCUUCUCAAUGGACCCGCCAUAUUUGCCUAACUUCAACAUUGCAGACGAGGAGUGGCCGCCCUGGGAGUCCGAGUACGACUACUCGACAAUGACGCCGGGCCGGCCCCCGUCUGUACUUAAUGAGCCAGCAUCAAACACUGGCCGUUCCCAUCGGAGCGCCCACAACACCACACAUCGAACCACGACGUACAGUACCACCGUGAGCUACAGCUCACAACAGGGAGCCCUCGCUGUGCCGGAAAACAGUCUACCACAUUGCUGUAUUCUUUCCUCUCCGCUGGGAAUGGACGACGAAGGAAACUUUAGCCUUGAAAAAGCUCAAUCAGACCUCCUGUGGCAAUUGUCGCCUACAGCUGAGGGAGGAAAUGAGUUUCCCUUCGGUGCACAGGGCAAUGUCGUCCCGGCAGUUGCAGAGGACAUUGAGUCGGAAGCAUUUGCAAAGAUUGAUCGCUUACACACACGCGUGGCGAGCAGACUACUUGACGAAGCACGAGAGCACAGGGACAUCUGUGCGGCUAAGCUGGCGAGAGCGAAGGCAGCAUCCACGACGAUAUGUUGUUGGUGCGGGAAGAGCCCUCAAGCACUUGGAAUACAAGAGCGACAUGGCAAAUAUGUGUGGAUCAACCCUACCACGAAGAUCUGGUACUGCUCUGAGAACUGUCUAAAAGCUCACUUAAUAUGUCACGACCGUGCGAACUCAUCUGCCUCGAGCAGCAUCCCAGGCACCGCCAGCAACGAGCCACCUUCGCUUUGUGGCGACUGCAAGGCGACCUGGUACUGCUCUGUCGAGUGCCUGACUCUCCACUGGCCAGAGCACAAGAAAUCGUGCGCCGCACGGUUGCAGGGGGCUGCUAUGGGAAGGACGCGCGUCCCAGACCCAACCGAGUCAACGACGCCAACCGUCGCCCCUUUGAAAAGGGGUCGAGGUCGUCCCCGGAAAAUCAGACCGGACGAACAUCAGCCAUUCACCAACAGUCAGAACACGACAGGCGCAUCAGCAUCGAGCUCAGCGCAGAACCGGGUUCCUUUGAGGGAAAUUCAAGGACAAGCAGCGAUCGACCCGCUGGAACCAAGCAGUGCUCCUCCGAAGAGGGGCCCAGGUCGUCCUCGCAAGACGCCUAUCCCGUCGGAAGUGCCCAGUCAGACCACAACAUCACUUCCAGCGUCACCGCUCGGGUCUCGCCGACAGGGGGCGCGCGAGGGUGAAUCGAACUGGGUAGAACCUGGAGCCUUAAUAGAUUCUCUAUUGGCACAGAAGAAGAACUUGUUUCAACAGAUCGAGCAGCUCACUCAGGCUAGGUCCUCUCGGCAAACAUUAACGCCCGAGGAGCAGGGAAGAGUUCGACGACGAGCAGAACUUCAAUGGCGAUAUUUUGCAUCAUUGUCUGAUGAUAGGAGAAUCGCGCUGCUUCGCCAAGAAAUCCGCAUGCUACGGAAUAGCUUGCGGAGACUCCAAGUCGACACUGUUGGUCAUCAGCAAGGCCUGGGACGUCUCUCGAACGGUGGUCGAGAUGAUAACCAGCUCAACGUUUCUGCUCCUUCACACGGCAUGACUAACUCCAAUAGGGGCACUGGCGCUCAAGUACACAACCAGGUCAACCUUCGUGCGAAUCAAAACGGCUUUGAUCAUGGGAACGGGGGCAAUGGGCUUCAAGUGCUCAAUCAGGUCAACAUUCGUACUAAUCACGACGGCCCGGGUAAAGGGAACGGGAGCACUAAUCUUCGAGAUCUCGACCAGUACAUGACCAAUUGGAACAGGGGCACUGGUACUCAAAUUCCCAACCAGCUCCAAAAUGAUGUUGCUCCGUAUGACGAGGGUGAUAUGUAUGGGGACUGA